AUGGAUGACAUGCCUGGACUGAACAACCUGGUGGCCAACACGGCCUACCUGAGGGCUCAGCAAGUGAAACGUGAAGAGCUGAGGAAACAGAGGCUCUCUCUGACGCUGCCCAAACCAAAGAUGUCCUCUGCUCUCCGGGCGGCAGUGGAGAGGAAGUACGAGUCACUCUGUGAACGACAGCCCAUUGGCAUUAAGUUGUUUCAGCAGUUUCUAUGUGCCGCAAACCCGCAGUACAGGAUCGCCACUGAGUUCCUGCAAGAGCUGAGUAACUGGAGCUUUGCUGAGGAUGAAGCCAGAGAGAAAGCCAAACUAAGCAUCCUCGCAAAGUUCUGUCAACCGGAGUCCAGGAGUUUCCUCUCAUACCCCACAGGAGAGGCAGCUGAAAGAUGCAAGAGUGUGACAGACAACAACUUUGACGUGAUGUUGGGCCAGAUUAAAGAAGACACAAGAGACUUCCUGAGGGGGAAACCUUUCUCGGAGUAUCUGAAUAGCCCCUUUUUUUAUAGGUUCUUGCAGUGGAAGGAGUACGAGGAGCAGAAGAUCAGUGACAGAUACUUUUAUGAGUUCAGGACUUUGGGAAGAGGUGGCUUUGGCGAGGUGUGUGCGGUGCAGGCGAAACACACAGGCCAGAUGUACGCCUGCAAGAAGCUGGAUAAGAGACGCUUGAAGAAGAAAAGUGGCGAGAAGCUGGCCCUUCUGGAGAAGUACAUCCUGGAGAAGGUGAACAGCCUCUUCAUUGUAAACCUGGCUUACGCUUACGACAACAAGACUCACCUGUGCCUGGUCAUGGACCUCAUGAAUGGCGGAGACCUCAGGUUCCACAUCUACGAGCUCGGGGAGCGGGGCAUCCGCAUGGAGCGCGUUGUUUACUACUCGGCCCAGAUAACCACCGGGAUACUCCACCUGCACUCUAUGGACAUUGUGUACCGGGACAUGAAGCCUGAGAACGUGCUGCUGGAUGCUAGAGGACAGUGUCGGCUGUCAGACCUGGGAUUGGCUGUUGAGCUGCCAAAGGGCAAAUCGAUCUGCCAGAAGGCUGGUACUACAGGCUACAUGGCCCCUGAGAUUCUGAGGCAGGAGUACUACCGCACGUCUGUGGACUGGUGGGCUCUGGGCUGCAGCAUCUAUGAGAUGGUGGCCGCCCGUUUGCCUUUCAAAGACUUCAGAGAAAAGGUGCAGAAUGAGGAGGUGACUCGUCGCACUCUGGAUGACGAGUGCAAGUUCGAACACAAAAACUUUGAUGCUCCCACCCAAGACAUCAUCCGCCGCUUUCUAAAGAAGAAGCAGGCGUAUCGCCUCGGGUGCCAUAGCGGUGAUGACCCUCGAAACCACGCGUUUUUCAAGAGCAUCAAUUUCCGUCGUCUGGAGGCCGGCCUGGUGGAGCCCCCCUGGGUGCCAAAGUCCAACGUGGUGUACGCCAACGACACGGACCAGUUAAGGGACAUCUCCGACGUCGAGGAUGUUACGUUUGAGGCCAAGGAUGAGAAAUUCUACAAGCAGUUCAGCACAGGCGCAGUCUCCAUCCGCUGGCAGAAGGAAAUUAUUGACAGUGGAGUGUUUGAUGAAGUGAACCACCCCAAACUGAACGGCCACAGCUGUGAGAACGUGUGGGAAUCCAGGAUGUGCAUUGUUCAGUAA